ACGUGUCGGUUUGUUUACAGCCCUGCAGCUGCUUAGACAUGGCUGUGGAUAUAACAUCACUGUUCAAAGCCAGCGUGAAGACAGUAAAGACAAGGAACAAAGCUAUAGGAAUAAGCGUGGACUCUGUCAAAGAUGAGAUUUUUAAGAAGAGCCGACCGAAGAGCGGCUUCUCGCUAAGAGCCAAAGAAGUGAUAACGAACAUCAGUAAGCUCAAAGACUUUCUGCUAGAACACCGAAAGGACUACGUGAGCGCCGGAAGUCUUAUCUCAACAGAUCUUAGCCGUAUGACCGACAGCGAACGGGACCAGAUUGACCAGGAUGCUCAGAUCUUCAUGAGGACCUGUUCUGAAGCCAUCAAGCAGCUUCGCAAUGAAGUGGAGAAGCAGGCGGCAUCAGCUCAGAUUAAGGAGCACCGGGUUUUAGUUCUGGACCUCAUUGAGAUGUAUCUGAAAGGAGUGUGUAAGCUUUACUCUGAGCAGAGAGCCAUUAGAGUCAAGAGAAUGGUGGACAAGAAGAGGCUAUCUAGAUUGACACCAGAGCAUCCUGGUAAAGUGGAGAAAACCGUGGAGUUGGAGCCUGCAGAGGAGAAAGUGGUUAAGGAGGAAAGUCCUGAGAAGACUGUAUCAGAAGUUCGGGUCAACGGGAUCAACCAUUGGGAGGAGGGCAGAGUGGAGGACGAGCUUUCUCCUGAGGAGAUCCAGAUGUUUGAACAAGAAAACCAGAGAUUGGUCAGUGAGAUGAACAGCCUGGUGGAUGAAGUAAGGCAAAUUGAAGGAAAAGUGGUUGAGAUUUCACGACUUCAAGAGAUCUUUGCUGAAAAAGUGCUCCAACAAGAGAGCGACAUAGAUAAUAUUCACCAGCUGGUGGUGGGAGCGACAGAGAACGUCAAAGAAGGAAAUGAGGAUAUCCGAGAGGCAAUCAAAAACAAUGCUGGCUUCCGAGUGUGGAUCCUCUUCUUCCUCGUCAUGUGCUCCUUCUCUCUCUUAUUUCUGGACUGGUAUGACAGCUAACAGGCUCCAUGAAAGGACUAAAGUGUACUGUUGUUGUUUGACGUGAUGACAGCAUUUGGACGGAACGUUCAGCCCGCUCUGCUUCACUUGGCGGACAAGUCGUUCCUCAUGAAGACUGUGUUUAAGUAGAGCAAACGCACUGUCUGUUCUGCAGAUGUAAUUUUCUCUGUCCGAUGCUUUAAGAGGAGCUUUGAUAGAUGAGUUAUCUUCUGUUGACUGAGUUCUGUCUCCAUAUUAAAUGCAAUCCGGGGAUUAUCGGAUAGAUAUUUCCUGCACAAAAAAACUGUUAGAAUAUAACAGGUUUUUUUUUGUGUUUUCUAAUCCUGCUACAUGAUAAAAUGUCUGUGUUUCAAAUUAAUGAAAAUCUACAUAAACACCACUUUUAUUUUAAACAAG